AAUAAAACAAGCUAGAAGGAAAACACACCACUGAAGAAGAAGAAGAACAAGAUGGCGGACUGACCAAGGAAGGAGACCAACACGAGGAGCCGAGGACCACAAAUACCUCACAUAACACCUACCAACAGCACCACAAGGACCACAAAUACCUCACAGCACCACAAGGCUUGGGGAGGUCAAUCAGUCACCCACAAAGAGUUCAGCACAGCACUAAGCCACAGGAGAGGUCAGCGGCUCACGUCCAGGUCAUCCGAGGUCAUCCGGGGUCACCAUGGCGGACGUGUUCUCCCUCAACGACGCCCGGAGGCUCCUCAAGGACAGGUUUAUGCUCAUGAUCGGUGACUCGAACACCAGGGCCAUCUACAAGGACCUUCUGUGUCUCCUACAUGAGGGAGUGAUUACGCCUGAGCCCAUCCUGCGUAGGGGAAGCGAGGCGGCCCCCCAGUACGGCGACGAGAUCGUGAGCAACACCAAGACCUACGCGGGCCGAGGCUACUUCGAGAUCCGGCAGUGCAAGAGGAAGGAGUUGUGGGUGCGGUUCAUCUUCGUCACCCAGGCCGCUGCUCAGACUGUGAAGACGGAGCUCGAACGCCUGGAGUCCGGCACCCUACCCCCCCCGGACAUCGUGCUCAUCAACUCGUGUCUGUGGGAUCUGACGAGGUGGGGGCCGGAGCAGGAGGACCAAUACAAGCGCAACGUGGCGAGCCUGUUCCACCGCCUGCGUGCCCUCCUGCCCCCCUCCUCCCUGGUGGUGUGGCUCGCUUCCCUCCCCGUGGCCACCGAGAGAGUCAAGGGGGGUGUGUUUAUCCAGCAGAUUGAGUUCAUGAAGCACAGCAUGCGGUUCAUGUUGCUCGAGGCCAACAUGUUCAUGCAUAAUCUUUGCCAAGUGUUCGGGUUCAGCUUCCUCGACCUGCACUACUACAUGCAAUACCAGCUCAACAGACGCACCAAUGACGGCCUUCACUGGGAGCCCCCGGCGAUUCGCUACAUCACCAACAUCAUCCUCACCCACAUCGCCCUGUCCCUCAACGAUCCACUACCAGGAAACGUCUCGGACACCUACUUCCUGCGGCUCCACGACAAGGCCAAAGAGGAGGCUGGAAAGGAAAAGCAGAUUCUCCUGGACUCCAAGAUCGUCAAGUACCUGAAGGAGCUGGGCCUCAAGAUGGAGAAUGUGGUGGAGGUGGACGAUGGCUCAGACUCGGGAAGUGAGAAGAGCCAGCCUCCAAAAAAGAGAGUGGUGCGGCAGGCGAGACGCACCACCACCACCACCAAGAACAAGAAGAGCCAGCCACCACCAGCCCAAAGACAUGCACCCAACCUGCCAGGCCUGAUGGACUUCCCCCCAAACUCCCUAUCACAGGGGUCACAAGGCCCCUCGGUGCCCCCAUGGGUGAGGAGCCAUCAGGGUCAUGGGCCAGGUCCAAGCCAGCACCACACUGGCAUGCAGAUAGAAGGGCCACAUGAACAGCACUUUGAUGAUGGCGCCGGCCCCUCAGGGUACAGGGAGGGCCCAGGGCCGGGGCUUGGGAUUGAGGCACAGUUCAGCAGCAUGCACAUGAUGAGGGAACGCACCUUCAACCCCCAACACGGACACAUGAUGCUCCCCCAACGCUUCCCCAGCCCCCAGCACCCCAACCUCCAGGCCUACCAGCAGCACUUUAACCCCAACCCCAAUGAGUUCUGGCACAAUUACCCCGUCAACAACUUCCCGUGGAACCGCAAGCGUUGAGGGUGCGGCCGCGUCACCCUGAGCUGUUUGUGCCAAUACAUGUUCCUGUAAAUUCCCUUGCCAGUCUUAUUUUGCAGUUCCUAUGAUUUGGCAAUCCUCUUUUAAUGUGUUCCCCCAACCCCAAUGAGUUCUAGCACUACUCUGUCAUCAACUUCCCGGGGAACUGCCAGCGUUGAGGGUGCGGCCGCGUCACCCUGAGCUGUUUGUGCUGAUACAUGUUCCUGUAAAUUCCCUUGCCAGUCUUAUUUUGCAGUUCCUAUAAUUUGGCAAUCCUCUUUUAAUGUGUUCACCCAACCCCAAUGAGUUCUAACACUACUCUGUCAUCAACUUCCCGGGGAACUGUCAGCGUUGAGGGUGCGGCUGCGUCACCCUGAGCUGUUCGUGCCGAUGCAUGUUCCUGUUAAUUCCCUUGCCAGUCUUGUGUUGUUGCAUGUUCCUAAAAACUCCCUCGCUAGUCUUAUUUUGCAGAGUUCUUAUAAAUUCCCUUGUCAGUUUUAUUUUGCAGAGUUCCUAUAAUUUGGGGAUCCUUUUUAAUGUAUUCCCUGCGAAGUCUUGUUUCAGAUGGUGCACAGAAAAAGAAAAGUAGUUUGAUACGAUAAAGAAUCUAAAUUUGCUGCACUCACUAUAAAUAUUUCACUGUGCCUUGAUGCAAUAACGUACCUGGUUAUGUUACCUAUACAAUAAAUAUUUUGAUAUAUUUUGAUGCAAUAAAGUACUUAAUUUUGCUUGAAGUAUUAAUCCCAAAACCAUACAACAGUUCACUUAAUAUACCAACUGAUCUUUGCUGGUUCUUGCUGGCAUAUAUGCAUUGCUCCCUGCUUAACCCGGUAGCAGCGACGGGCCAAAUUUGUGGCUUUACCGUGUGGCAGCGACGGGCCAGAUUUGUGGCUUUACCGUGUAGCAGCGAUGGGCCAAAUUUGUGGCUUUACUGUGUAGCAGCGACGGGGCAAUUUUGUGGCUUUGCUGUGUAGCAGUGACGGGGCAAAUUUGUGGCUUUACCAUGUAGUAGUGAUGGGCCAAAUUUGUGGCUUUACCAAGUAGCAGUGACAGGCCAAAUUUGUGGCUUUACCAAAUAGCAGUGACGGGCCAAAUUUGUGGCUUUACCAUGUACCUGUCGCUGCUACCGGGUUAAGCAACAUUCACGACCCUCAAAACCAAUAUGUACUGUGAUGCGAUGAAAAGCUACAUAUACAAACUUCAUGGGAAAUUAACAUCAAACACAAGGAUAAUUGAAAGAUAUGAGCCUUGUUACACCACCCAAUACAAAAUAUGGAAGGAAAACUACAUAUACAGAUACAUAAUUCAGGGGUAACUUAACAAGACAUGAGGAACCUCGAUACAAAACUAUGCGAGGGCCUUCUUACACCAGCCAACACCCAAUGUGAAAGAAAACCACAUAGAUACAUACUUCAUGGGUAACUAAACUUAACUUACCAUAAACCUCAAGGCAAAUGGAAAGAUAAAUGGCCAAUAUAAAACUAUGUGAGGGCCUUCUUACACCAGUCAACACCCAAUGAGAAGGAAAACCACAUAUAGAUACAUACUUCAUGGGAAACUAAACUAAACUUACCAUGAACCUCAAGGCAAAUGGAAAGAUAAAUGGCCAAUAUAAAACUAUGUGAGGGCCUUGUUAUACCAUCCAAUACUAAAUGAGAAGGAAAACCACAUAUACGGAUACAUACUUCAUGGGAAACUAAAUGAAACUUACCAUGAACCUCACGGCAAACAAGUAUAAAUGGGUAAUAUAAAACUAUGUGAAGGCCUUGUUAUACCAUCCAAUACUAAAUGAGAAGGAAAACCACAUAUACGGAUACAUACUUCAUGGGAAACUAAACAAAACUACACAUGAAACUAGAUGGUAAUGGAAAGAUUUAAGGGCGAUACAAAAUUAUAUGAAGGCCUUGUUACAGGACCCAAUACCCUAUGAGAAAGAAAACCUACAUUAUACAAAUAUACUUCAUGGGAAACUAAACUAAAUAAGUAUAAAAAACAAGGAUUAUGGAAAAAUAUGAGGGGUAUACAAAACUAUGGGAGAAUCUUUAUGUACAACCCAUCCCCAAAAGAAAACUACAUAUGCAGAUACAUACUUCAUGGGAAACUAAACAAAACUGACAUGAAACUAGACGAUAAUGGAAAGAUAUAAGGGCGAUACAAAACUAUAUGAGGGCCUUGUUACGCUACCCAAUACCCUAUGAGAAAGAAAACUACAUUCUUCAUGGGAAACUAAACAAAACUAAGCAUCAAACUCACGGGAUGAUGUAAGGGCGAUACAAAAUUAUAUUAGAGGUCCUUGUUACACCAUCUAAUCCAUACCAUGAUAGACAAACACUACUUAUACAAAUACUUCAUGGGAAACUAAAGUAAACUAUAAAAUGAAACAGAAGGAUAAUGGAAAGCUAUAAGGGCGAUACAAAACUAUAUUAGAGGCCCCUUUUACACUGUCUAACAUACUCUAUGAUAAGACAAACACUUAAUGGGAAACUAAAGGAAACAAUAACAUGAAACUAAAGGAUAAUGGAAAGAUAUAAGGGCAAUACAAAACUAUAUUAGAGGCCCCUUUUACACUGUCUAACAUACUCUAUGAUAGACAAACACUACAUAUACAAAUACUUCAUGGGAAACUAAAGAAAACUAAUACACGAAACACAAAAUUAAUGUUAAGAUAAAUGAGCUUCUUCCCACAUCAACCAUUGCCUCAUACCUACCCCAGUGAGAGGAUAUACCACACCUACAUACUUCUUAAUACUUCAUACUUAUACACAUGUUCAUAUAAGGUCUAUUUUAAAUGUACCGAUCUCCUAUUACGACCAUUUCCCGAGGCCACAGAGAAGAGAUCAGGUUUUCGUGGGUGAUUUUCCAGUCCAGUCCAGUCCUGAUAAGUACUAACUGGUCGCUACGUACAGAUUGGUGAGCUUGCCCUAGUGGAAGGUUGUGGCGUGGUGGUGGUGGUUGUACGGUCAUGGAUGGUCACCUCAGCUAACUACUUCUAUCAAUCCCGGAAAUUAAGCAACAUUCACGACCCUCAAAACAGAUACGUAUUGUGAUGAGACGAGAAUCACAUAAUUGUAGUUCAUGGCAAGCCCAGGAACUUCUAAGAGAGGAUUUGUAAAGGGGUGAACUGAGAACCUGCAACGCUUAAAAUUAUGGGCUAUCAAGUCGCUGUUUUCAGGUUCCGGCUUAGGGUUAAGACUGGAUCCCCUUCGUGACGUCCUGCAGCAGUAUAAGGGUUCAAACUACCUCGCCUUGGCUCCUCGCUUCCAUGGCUUUGUGGACUCAACGCGCCACACUGAUUUUCUCUCAUUCAACUUGGACUCUCAUAAAAUUUUGCUUGUUUUGGUUUGUAGCUUGUUCUGUGUGAGACCUCGCCCAAACAGAUGAUUUUUGGGUGAAUAUUAAAUAGCGCCACUCGCGAAUCGCAUUACUUGAUAUUACAAUACUCGAAUCCCCACUCUUUACACCUUAUAUACAACACAGAACGUUGCUACACCUAACAAAACAACUCGUAAGGUCUUUCAAGGAUGGGUGACUGUUGCUGGAAAGUUCGGAAACCCUACUGUUCACGCCUUACGUAGAACAGUGGACAUCCCUACACAUAACAAAACAACUCGUAACAUUCUGCAGGGAUGGGCGACUGUUGCUGGGAAGUUCGGAAACUCUACUUUUUAUGCCUUAGACAAAACAAUGAACAUCGCUACACCUAACAAAACAGCUGGUAAGGUCUUUCAGGGAUGGGCGACUGAUGCUGGGAAGUUCGGAAACCCUACUUUUUAUGCCUUAGACAAAACAAUUAACAUCGCUACGCAUAACAAAACAACUCGUAAGGUCUUUCAGGGAUGGGCGACUGAUGCUGGGAAGUUCGGAAACCCUACUUUUUAAGCCUUAGACGAAACACAAAAGAUCACUAAGCAUAACAAAACAACUCGUAACAUCUGCAGGGACGGAGGGCGACUGUUGACAGGAAGUACAGAGUAUGAAAAAAAAGUCUUUAUCACAGCGGAAAGGUUAAGGCACUGACGCCGAGGCUGAGAAAGAGUAUCACAACACGCUGGGCCUUCCUCGCCUCCUGCACCCUACAAAAAUAAUCAACGUACAACUAGAUCAUGAGAUUAUAGGCACUUGAUAUGAGGGACCCGAACCUAGUGUGCGGGUCCUGUGCAGCUUGAGGCCCAAUGAGAAGACUGACGGACCUUAUGAUGAGAAAGAGGGAGCGAGAGAGACAGAGAGAGAGAGAGGAAGGAGAGUAAAGAAAGCAAUGAAGGAAGAAAGAUAGGAUUAAAGAGAGAGAGAGAGAGAGAGAGAGAGAGAGAGAGAGAGAGAGAGAGAGAGAGAGAG